AUGACUUUGGAUGUUCUUUCCCUCCCAAUUUGUGAUUCAUCGAGAUGCGAGCAGUGUCAGGUUCAAGGAAAUCGACCUGUCGACGUCGUUGCAGUCCAUGGGCUGGGCGAAACUUGCACUACUGCUUGGACUGACACCGAUACGGGCGUACUGUGGCUGAGAGACCUGCUUCCUCAAGAUCUACACGUGGCACGGGUUCUCUCCUUUGGCUAUAAUGUCGCUAUCUCAUCAUUUUUUGGUGGUAGUGAAGUUCUUGAGGGUAUUGCAGAGACACUUGUGCAGAAUCUGGAGAGUCAUCGUGCUCUUGAUGGUGGCCAACAAAGACCAAUCAUCUUUAUCUGCCACGGUAUAGGGGGAACCAUUGUCAAAAAGGCUCUGGUCUACUCUUCAACGCGGAUCGCGCCACACGUCCAGCAUCUGUAUACUGUUUUUGUGUCGACUUACGCAAUAUUGCUUUUCGGCGUUCCUCACGACCACCUCGUGAAGUGGAAAUGGCUAGAACUCGAAUCAUUUCUUCGGCAUUCGAAGGGACUGUUCAAGGGGCGCCAAUCCAAAGGGCAAGACGAUCAAAUCUCUGAGGGACAAACCCUAAGAAUGGCUGAAGUUGCGUUCGCGCCUCUUUUGAAGCAGUUCCGGAUCUACUUCUUCUGGGAGUCGGCUGAGACAACGCUAGGCAAAGUUAGGGAUGUAAUGGUCGAUCAAUCAUCAGCAGCGCCAGCAAUAGACAACGCAGAGCGUAUGGCUAUACCAUCUGAUCAUCUAGGAAUGGUCAAAUAUGCUAGCUCAAGUUGUCAAACAUAUCGCUCAGUGCUUGGAGCUUUAAUCCGGUACUGUCGAGAAGCUUCUUCCCUCAUAUCGCAUAGAUGGAAGCUAGCGGAAGCGCACAUGUCGCGAGCACGCUCAAAUGAAGCUUUCGAGCUCACGGGACUGGUAUAUGAUAUCCAGGAUACGGAGCGCACAAAAGAUGGUGCUGUGACAGGUAUCAAAGCUCCCAAAAAGCAAAUUGACCUGCCUCGUCGCCCUUUCGUGUAUUAUGUGGGGCGAUCAGGAAUGUCUCAGGUCUUGGAAAAAGCAUUCUUUUCAAGUCCGGGAAAAUUGCAGAAAGUUUUCGUGCUCUGCGGAAUGGGUGGUGCCGGUAAAACUGAGAUUUGCAUUCAAUUUGCUCGUGACAAUCAACAUCGUUUCUCGGCUAUCUUCACCGUACAGGCCACAAGUGCACGGCACAUAAAAGAAUCAUACGCCAAAAUUGGGGCCUAUGGGGGCUUGGAGCCUACAGAAAGAUCGGGAAAAUACUGGCUAGAACAGUCUGAGGAACCUUGGUUACUGAUAGUCGACAACGCCGAUGAUCCUCACCUAGACCUUUCGACCAUACUUCCUCUUGGAGACCAUGGGUCCAUCCUGGUCACAACCAGAAACCCAGAGCUCAGAAAGCACAAUACCAUUGGUUACCGCCAUGUUGGUGGAUUAUGCAGGGAAGAGGCGUUGGCCUUGCUAUUGAAAAGCGAUAACAUCAGAGGCCCUCCAUGGCAACCCGUAGUGAAGAUUACUGGGCACCGAAUCACCAAAGCUCUGGGGUACUUGGCUUUAGCCGUGAAAGCAGCUGGGGCAUCGAUCUAUCGAAACGUCUGCAAGCUACAUGAGUAUCUUGACUUCCACAACGAUUUCCGAAGUCGAUAUCAUUCCUUAAGGGAUGUCGAAAAAAAUUCACGAGAGAGCGAAGCCAGCGUCUAUUCUGUAUUUGACAUUUCGCACAGAUGGCUCCAGAACCAAGAAUCAACUGCCGCUUGUGACGCUCUGGAGAUUCUCAAUGUCGUUGCGUUCUACCACUUUGAACAUAUUCGGCUCGAUGUGUUUACUAAGGCAAAGGGGUUUCGGCAGGAAUCUUCGAGCCCAGCUGGUAGAAAAUCUCUCUUGACGCGUCUCUCGGAAUUUGUUGUCCUCAGAAUGGCGCCACCCAGAGCACUUCCUGGAUUCUUAAAGGAUCGACAUCUUAGUGGCCCAUGGCGUGUUAGAGAGGCUUUGGCUCUGUUGAGUUCAUUGUCAAUGAUCUUCUACGAUGACGAGGGUGACAGCUUCUCGCUUCACCCUCUUGUUCAUGCCUGGAUCCGGGAUCGAAUGUCCACAAGUGAGAAGGCUCUAUGGGCAUCCGUGGCGUUGAAUAUUUUAACAGAUUCAAUCUAUCUUCCCUCAGCGACAGGAGCGGACGACGCAGGGGCGUACCAUCGCGAUAUCCUCCCUCAUCUUGACCAAAGUCUGGGUAAUUUCGCUCUGUGGGUCAAAACUGGGUCUUCAAUGCUCCCAAACAGUCGCAGUAGCUUCGUCAUGAUCCUGCAACCAACCCUGUUACUUAUGGUGCAGGAGCAGGUACAAGACAACGCUAAAUGCGGCUACGUCUACCUCAAUUGUGGUCGCUUCAACGAUGCCACAGAACACCUUUCCGCAGUAUGCGAAGCUUUACUACAUGUUCUAGGACCGAAAAACGAAAAGACCAUGAGAGCUCAGCUCGGCCUGGCUCAAGCGUACUGGGGCUUAGGACACUUGUCUAAGGCUAUCAGGCUGCAAAAUAUGGUCGUAGAAGCUCGAAAAAGUGUUUACGGUGUGGAACAUUGUGAAACGUUGCUGGCAAUGGAUCACCUGGGGCGGUCCUAUUGGCUUAAUGGCCAGUAUCAAGAGGCUUUGCACCUGCAAGAAUACGCAGUGCAGAAAAUGAAGGUCCAACUUGCACCGGACGAUAGCCGUUUACUGGCAGCGUUAGACAAUCUGGGUGUUACACUUGGUGCCUGGCACCGAUAUGACGAGAGUCUGAACCUACAUCGAGAGGUUCUCCAGAUACGAAAGAAGAACUACGGGUCUUCAGACGCCGACACGAUCAGCACCAGAAUGUACAUGGCGAUGGCUCUACUUGAUGUUGGGCAACUUCAAGAAUCCCAGAGGGAAAUGGCAGAAGUCUAUCAGCUCAGGCGGGCCCGGCUAGGAAAGGAGCAUCCAUGGACUCUGUGGGCGUUAUGCUAUCUUGCAAAGAUCAAUGUCAAGUUAGGUCUACUCGACGAAGCUGAGGAAAUGCUAUUGGAAGGAAUCGCUGCUGGAAAGCGCAGUCUUACAGACGACCACCUAGGCGUCUUGAUGGGCUGCGGGGAGCUCGCACGUGUCUAUUCUCGCAAGGGUCGACUAGGGGAAGCUUGUUCCCUAUUAAGUGAGACUAUUGAACGGCUGAAGCGGUCUCGUGGGGAACACCAUCCGGACUACAUCUACGCGCUUUGGAAAAUGGCACAGCUCCAGAAGAAGCUGGGAAAUUUUCAAGAAGGGGCAUACCAUUGCAAAUCAGCUCUUGAACAGGCCAAGCACAGACUUACUCUGGAUCAUCCACUGAGCAAACUAAUUGCGCUGGAGAAGAACAACCUUGAAUCCCAGAAGGGUUGA